ACGAGGCUGCUAGAUUGUCCAUGAGUUCAUCCAUGGCGGAGCAAAGGAAGCAGGCCGACCAGCAAAAGAAGAGGUCCCGGGAACCGGAGGGUGCCGAUGCCAGCAGCCGCAAGAAGGCGAGCGCGAUCAUCAUCGCCGCGGCUGGUCCGGGAGCCACGACACCAGUGCUUGUGGCGCCCAGCCCAUUUGCCUUGACGCCACCGCCGACAGCGGCUAGUCCAAUAGCCUCAAAGCCACCAGCUAUGGAGGCGUCUAGCACGACGCCUAAGGGGCCGGCGUCGAGCCCAAUCGCCUCCAUGCCAUUGGCUCUGGCGGCGGCGCCCGGUCCAGUCGCCAGUACGCCGGCGUCCCCUAGUCCACUCGCCGUCAUGGCGCCGUCCGUUGCCCCACCCGCCAUCGUGAAACCUGGGGUAGCGGAAAGGAGGGUGCUUGAAGGUGACAAAAAAGCAGUGACAGGGGCAAUGGUGGCGGCGGAAGAGGAGGACUUCUUGCCGGUGAAGAAGAAGUGGCUUGACUGCGCCGUCUGCUCUGCCCCUCUCAAGCCUCCCAUUUUCACUUGCGAGGAUAGACAUUUCGUCUGCUCUGCCUGCGCCGCCGGCGGCGGCGGAUGUCCGAACGAGUACAAGUACUGCGGCGCGUGCCACCGCGCUGCCUCCUUCGUCCACAGCUCCGGCAUGGAUGGCCUGGUCGACGACACCAAGGUGCCAUGCCCCCACGCCAAGUUCGGCUGCGGGAGGUCCAUCGCCUACCACGAGACGCCGGACCACGCGGCCAGGUGCGCGCACGCGCCCUGCCGCUGUCCCGACCCAGGGUGCGCCUUCGAGGGCGAUCGAGCAGGGCUCGCGCGCCACCUCACGGAGGACGACCCCGGCUGGCAUCGCUGGCCCGUGGUGAAGAUAAAGUACGAGACGAGCUACGCGUUCGCCUUGCUCGUGCCGUCGUCGCCAUCGGAGCCGAACCGCCGCCUGCUGGUCGCGGAGGAGGACGGCCGCGUCUUCCUCCUUGCCGUGGGCACCGCUGCCGACGAUUUCUGCCCCGUCACGGUUGUGUGCGUCAGGGGAAACGACGACGCCGCGAGGCCGUUGUACGUGUGCACGCUCUGGGUGAACGGCCCUCCGGCGCCCGCUGGUCGCUUCAGUGACUGCUUCCGGCUGAAAGCUGAGGUUUCGAGCUGCGCUGUCCCUGGAGAGAUCGACAUGAAGCGCAGCCGGCUCCUCGCGCCUGUCGUUCCGACGAUGCUCCAUGGGACGAACGGCAAGAAGCUUCAUCUGCGCUUGAGCAUCGUCAGGAUGCCGUGCUGAUCAGUUAGCAUUAGCCCUAUCCUGCCAUGUCCAAUAAGUACUCUAUAU